AUGGGUGCGCAGCCACGAGUGUAUGGGGUCCUUGCGAUGCCGGGUCCGAGGUUGGGGGAGGCUUUGCAUGGGUGGCAUUUUGGCACGGUGCGCACGCUUCCUCACAAUUUCGGAAAUGGCGGAUUGGUGAUCGGGCUGAACACCAUAAUCGGCUUUGUCAUAACCAUGGUCUACAAGCACGCGGAUGCGGUUGUGAAGUGCAUGCAGGACAUAACGGCUGUGAUUCUAAAUUUGGUGUCAGUGGCAUGUUUUGGGAAGACGUUGCUGUUGACCAUGUGGUGUGGGAUCUUGGUUGUAUGCAAUGCGCUCUACAACUACGCAGUGCUAAAGGGGGGCACGGUCAAACCGGCUUCUCAUCCAGACGCCAGAGCAUCAUUCCGUAGUACGAUUCUUGCUGGAGCUAGUCUGGUUGCGAUCAAAGUUACCAUCGCUGUUCUGUACAAGGUCUCUCAGGUUUCUGGAGGAGGCUUUGCUUAUGCAACCACUUCCGCUGUCUGCAUCAGUGAGGCUUUGAAAUGCAUGUUCAGCGUCGUGGCGCACAUUUUUUGGGGGAAGCGUGACAUUCACGGUGCAAUGCCCAUCAAGGUGUUAGUAGGCGCGUGGCUGUCGGCGAGAUCCCAGCUGUCGCUGAACGGAGUGGUGCAGAUAUGUGUCUUGAGCGGCAUGUACUGUUUCAACAAUCAGCUUUCCUUUUAUAUCGCCAUCAUGGUCGACCCAGGCACUAUGUUUCUAUAG